UUCCUUUUCAACCGUGUCCUUCUCUCUCUCUCUGCAACUCCUCUCUCUCUCUCUCGCGCUUGCGGAAAUGGAGGCAAUGGAGAUUCACAGGAGCAACCGCGACGAACAGUGGUAGCCCCCCCAAAAAAAAGGCAGAUUCCCGAAGUGAGGAGGGAGAGAUGGAAUCCUUCUCCUAGGGUUCCUCCACCUUCCUCCUGAAUGCUCCCCCUUCCCCCUCCCCUCCCUCUUAAAGCCCUAGAAAUUCCCCACUAACCUCCCCUUCCUUCCUUCCUUCCUUCUCGCUCGACCCCGAUGGCCGCCGAUCGCGCGGAGUCCUCCGCCCUCAUCGCUCCCACGCCGCUGCGCGAGCCGAGCGAGGUCGACCUCGAGGCCGGCCCCGGGGAGCAGAUUCAGUGCCGGAUUUGCCUCGAGACCGACGGCAGAGAUUUUAUUGCUCCUUGCAAGUGUAAAGGGACGUCGAAAUAUGUUCACCGUGAAUGUUUGGAUCACUGGCGAGCAGUUCGGGAAGGGUUUGCAUUUGCUCAUUGCACCACUUGCAAGGCCCCCUAUCAUUUGAGAGUUCAUGUUGUAGCUGAUCGAAAGUGGCGGACUUUGAAAUUUCGGUUCUUUGUUACUAGAGACAUCAUAUUUAUUUUUCUGGCUGUCCAGCUUGUGAUCACUUCUCUAGCAUACUUGGUGUAUUUGAUGGAUGGCUACCAGCAGUUCUGGCUUCGGCAUGCAUGGGGUUUUGAUACUGGAGUGAGCUUCUACUACAUUUGUGGAGCAUUAUUAUUCUUUGCUUUGCUGGGGUUGUCUGGGUGCUUCAUCACUUGCUACGACCGGAGAGUGCGAAAUGAUUUGGCUCAGCCUUGUCGAGAACUCUGUCUAUGUUGCUGUCAUCCUGGGAUUUGUGCAGAUUGCCAUUUACCUGGCACUCUCUGUAUGUGGACUGAUUGUACCACAUGUUUUGAGAGCUGUGCAAGUUCAGCAGCUGAGUGUGGAUGUUUAGGAGGUGCUGGUGAAGCGGGGUUACCUCUGUUGUUUAUUAUGGCUCUGGUUAUUCUUGGACUGUUUACUGUGAUUGGCAUAUUCUACAGUGUUUUAGUUGCCACAAUGGUUGGACAGCGGAUAUGGCAAAGGCAUUAUCACAUACUUGCCAAAAGGAUGCUAACUAAAGAAUAUGUGGUAGAAGACGUUGAUGGUGAGAUGACAGGAUCUGAUUGGUCUCCCCCACCUCUCCCUCCCGAGCACGUUCAGCAACUGAAAACGCUUGGCCUCCUCUAGUAGUGGAGUCAUUAUACAGUUCAUGAGAAUAACCAAUACGAUUCUAAUAACCCUCUCUGUAUCAUUGCCUUUGUAUGUGGUAAAUCCCCGAAGGAGGAGAUUGGCCAAAUCCCUCUUCAGAGCCCAACCAUGAAGAGACUAAAUGUUACAAUGCUCUAGUGUUUUCACUUACUAGUUCCGGGCACCUACCUUUUCCGUUGAGAUUUACUGCAAUAUGAGAUGCAUAAGACCAGAUCCAAAUAUUGUAAAUGAAGUCGCUGUUGACGGCUGUAGUACCAAAGCUUCCUUUCCUGAGCAGAAAUGAAGCCUAUAGAUUUACAAAAGCUAGUAAAUUUCACAUGAAUUUCAUCCUUGGUAACACUUUCCGGUAUGUUUUUGUAUCUUUGUAUUGCAUUUUAUCUAUUGUCACUACCGGUCAUUGUCCAAAUAAAUACUUCAGGGUGAA